AUAAAUCAAAUCAUAUUAAAUCUUCGACACAGAAAUACCCUAAUUCAAUCUUCGAGAACGGCACUACACCCUAACCACUUUGUCUUCCCCAAAAGCCUACGGACUGCCGGUUGACGAACAAAAGCCUUGCCAUUCCAAUUUUUACUACCCUUUUCCAGAAAAUUACAUAGCUUCUCCAUUCCCCACCCAUUUUCCUUCCUAAUUCCCUCACAUUUUCACGAACAGCAAGUCAGCAGGCAGUAACAAUCGGCAGCGGCGCAGCAAGUCAGCAACGGUCGACAAGCUUAGCCGGAAAACUCACCGGCCAACGGCGGCAAGCCCUUCUCUUUAUCACUCUCAGUUGCUAGAUUAGUUUUGUUUCCUUUAAAUUUUCAGCUGCAAGGAUGAAGUUUUUUAGGAUUGCAAUUCGAUCUGUUAGUGAUGGAUUUUAUCAUCGUCAACUUAAUCGGACAAUGAUUUUUAAGACCCUUUCAACUGAUUCAAAGUCGGGUCAUGACAAUGAUGAGAAUCAGAAUGACAAAUCAUUUGCUGAUGACUUUGCAAACCGCAUAUUUGGUGAAAGUUUGGAAGAAAGUCCUCUUUAUCGAAAACUUGAGAAAAUUGAGAAGAAUCGGUCUUGGGGUAUGUUUUCCAAUAUUGGUGAUAGUUUUGAAGAUAGCAUGAAGGAGGCAGCUACAUAUUUUGAGUUUGACCGAAAUGAGAUCAACCAAGAAGAUUUUUCUUAUAGAGCAGACAUGAAUUUCAGGACUGGUAUGACAUAUACCCCUGAGGAUCUAAAUCUUAGGAAGCCUGGAAGUUGGAGACCUAGCAAAAAAUCCGAGUUUCAUGUAACUUCAGAUGAGGUUCUCAAGAAAGCAGAUUUUCGGAAUGUGAAAUUCCUUGCCAAUUUUUUGACAGACGCUGGAAUAAUAAUCAAGAGAAGCCAGACUAAGAUUAGUGCAAAAGCCCAAAGGAAAGUUGCAAGGGAGAUCAAGAUAGCCCGAGCAUUUGGAUUGUUGCCUUUCACUACUAUGGGGACAAAAAACUUCAAAGUAGGGACAACAAUGGAAGCUCUUGACGCGGAUUACUCUUGCCAAUCCGAUCAUCUUCAGGAAUCUGUUGAAGAAUAGCUGUUCUUCAGUCAUUGUUGUAGUUUUUACUGUUGUCAAAGAUAGUUGGUGCAUGAUCAACGAAUUUUUUGGGAUACAAUUUUUCGCAUUCAGAAGAGCUAGUAAUAUUUGCUCCUCAAUCCUCAUUAUUAUGUUAUACUAGUGCUCAAGACAAGGGGCAUGCCGGAAAAUUCUACGUGUAGGAUGAACAUGUUAGCAUUACUGGACUGGUCUUCAUUCCCGAACUAUCUCCAUCUAUAGCUUUUAAGUAAGUGAAGUUUUAUGGGGUCAUAAUUAUGCUUCAUUACUGUUUCUUCAUAAUGAAAUGCUUGAUUUGGCAUGUUUGAUUCAUGAUCUCUCUGUAGAAGACUUGUUUUAUCUUCUGUUGGUGUAGUUGAAGUGCAAAAUAAUGAAGGAGGCUGUGUAUUUGCAAAUGAACUUAGUUAUUAUACAGUUUCAUUCUUCUGCU